CACAUCCGACAUCGUUCACGCCGUCUACGCCGUCGUUCAGCACUCUGUACCCAAUGGCAAAAUCAACCCGUUCCAAAGUAAAGCGUUCUUUCCGCGCAAAGAAGCGGACAACAGGCGUAUACGCUGCCGUCGAGGCCGCACGCCUCAACCGACUACACUAAAAGCUCAAGGUCCUGACGGCGAAGGAUGAGGAGGGGAUCACAGAAGAGGUGGUGGACUCAUUCAGCGACGAUGAGCGCAUGGAGCAGCCAGGUUUGUGCUGGUUUGCGAAUUUCGGGCUCUGUGACCCCGCAGAUUUCUCUCCGGAGUAUCUACAAGGCAUGGACCAUCUCUUGCGACGAACUGCUCCCGCUGCGUCCAGCGGCAGUAGUUCCUUACGGCAACGAUUGCGGAGAGAUGCAGUAGAGUUAUCAAGCCUUGGCUCGAGCGACGAAGAAAACGAUGGCAGCGCCCUUUUCAGUCAUCUUUUCGCGAGCCUUCCUCGUACUGAAGUUGGUUCCGAAAAUGAUGACUGACACUUUCGUUAUUCUAGCAGAUGGCCAGGAUGGCCAAAACAACGCAAAGAGCGGCUCGAACGACGCAGAUGCCAUGGUGCUCGACUCUGGCGCAGGCCCCUCAGCGGAUACCUCCAAGCGGAUAUCGACACACGGCCCGCGCGACUCUCGCCGAGAACAGUGGCGAUUAUCGAAGGGCAUGCCCGCGCGGUCAACAUCAAAGGGCGUGAAUCGGCAAGGGGGCGUCGCCGCCAAACGGAAAGCUGGACGGUCGCAUCGCCGACGGUGAUUAGAGAUAGUUUGUAUUGUAUGAUAUCAGUAGUUUAUAUGGUUUUUACCUUCUGCUCUGGUUAACGUUGUUGCAAUCUGGAUCCAUUGUCAGUGAAAA